GGGAGCAGAAAUGCUUCCUAAGUGCUAAUGGUAAGCUGGAGCCUGAGCAGUUGCUGCUGCCUGCAAGAGUACAGUGGGGCUGUGCCUGCUUCUUCCUCUGAGACACAAGUUAGUGCCCUAUCUUAUUUAACUCUUGUUUUAAUGAAAGUAAUUCCAUAUUUAACUUUUUUUUUUUUUUACCUUUGGCUUUAAAAUUUCCAUUUUUAUUUCAGUUGUCAUUGUGGGUAGGAAGAUCAUAAGGGAAAUGGAUUUGUUUUUCCAUUUUGUGAAAUGGAUGCAAAAGUCACUUUUGGAAGUGUACCACGAUGAGAGAGAUCACUUUUAAUCCUGCAGUUCUCAGUGAUACUGAGCUGUUCACUGGUGGCCUGUGAUCAUCCUGUUUGUAUUUUUUUUUCUCAAGAUAGCUACAUUCCAAAGGAGAAAAUACCACACUGCACUUUGUUUAUAGUGCUUGGGGUGUGUAUUAAGCUUCUUUGAAAGGAUCCAUAUCAAGUAUGUCAAGACUUCCUAACAUUAAUCAAGCAGUUUCUUUCUCUGAAACAUUAAUAGAACAUUCUGCUUAGACUUGCAAGAGUGUCUACUUGAUGUAGUGUUCUUACUUCCUUCACAAAUAAAGAUCUGCUGGAUUAUAAACACCGUUUAAGUUCUGCAAACCCUUACUGUGCCCUGUUCUGUUUGCAGCACAGCCCUUGAACUCUGCUUGAAGGCUGGCGCUUGUCAAACAGCAGAAAUAUAUAGUGGCACGCAGCCAGGCACUCUUGAACUCUACAGUUCAUGAGUUCUCAGGAAGGCAUGAAGAAGCAGUAGGUUUUUCUCCUAGCACUUCAGAACUAGAUACCUAUAAAAGCUGAAGAUUGAAUGACCCCAGAACGCAGGGCUCUAUCAGGGAAUUAAAUGUUGGGUGACUGGAAGCUUGCAGGAACAGCAGUUCUUGCAAUUGGACUGUGGCUUCGAUUUGAUGUGCAGACCAAAAGCAUCUUUGAACUGGAAUCCAACAACAUGACAUUCUAUACAGGAGUUUACAUCCUAAUUGGAGCUGGUGCACUCAUGAUGCUGGUUGGCUUCUUGGGAUGCUGUGGUGCAUUGCAGGAAUCACAGUGUAUGCUUGGACUGUUCUUCGUCUUCCUCUUUGUGAUUUUUGCCCUUGAAAUUGCUACUGCCAUCUGGGGAUUUGCAAAUAAAGAAAAGAUUGUCGAAGAGUUACAGGACUUCUACAGAGAAACCUAUGAAAAGAGAUCUCAACCAGCUGCCAGAGAAAUCUUGAAAGCAUUCCAUUUUGCUCUGAACUGCUGUGGUAUUACUGGAGGUCUUGAGCAGCAGUUGAUGGAAUCCUGUCCAAAGAAGACCUUGCCUGAGUCAUUUACUACAAUGCCAUGCCCUAAAGCCAUUGAUGAUGUCUUUAAUUCAAAACUGAAUGUCAUUGGAGCAGUUGGCCUUGGUAUUGCUGUGAUAAUGAUUUUUGGCAUGAUAUUCAGUAUGGUUCUUUGCUGUGCUAUCCGCAGAAACAGAGAAAUGGUCUAAGAGCUGUAAAUCCAAGGUGUCUGCACUAUAAAAUCUGUCACUAACUCUAGUGUUCUCAAAGCAGUUCUAAAAGAAAAUUGUAUGUUACCUUUUUAAUGCUUUAUUUGGUACUGGUGUAGAUUUGCUUUUUAUGCUAUAGGUUAAAAUGAUAAAGUUAUAUCUGACUCGAGAUGAAUACUGUACACAAAACAUCUGUUUUACUUGAAACUUAUGUAGUUUGGAUAUAUUUAUGUUUAAGGCAAUUUGAUACUUAAUAAAGAGUAAGAUGUAUUUUAUGUUUGGGGAAAAUCAUUGACGGGGCAAGGCCUGGUUGGAUGGGGCUCUGAGCAACCUGGUCUAGUGAGAGAUGCCCCUGCCCAUGGCAGGGGGUUGGAAGUAGACAUUCUUUAAAGGUCUCUUCCAACCCAAACCAUUCAGUGAUUUUAUGUUUAUGUUGAUGUAAUUUUAGAAGGUAAUUCCAAAGAAUGCAAAGAUCAUUCAUGAUCUGCUUUAUUGGUAAAUAUUGUGGAAGGUCUCAUAAUCUCUCCUUUUUUCAGUGCAUGAACAAAACCAGUUAUUAAUUAUAUUUUUCUUACUGCUGCAACAACAUCAUCUUCAUAUGAAAUGUAAAAGGAUAACUGUCAUACUGAUGAUACACAGGCAGUGGUACCCUGCUGUGCUAGGCUCUCCUCUGAUGCCAGGUGGGCUUUCUUAGCCUGUGUCCUGGCAUAACUGUUCCCUGGCAUCUGACAUGGCCUCAGUGUCUUGAUAAGGCAAAUUCCUAUAGUGGGUACUCAUAAGAUUUUUCUCAGUAGCUAAGUGUGUGCUUUGUCUGUCCAACACUAGUGACGUAUACAAUCUUAAGGGCCAAAUCUCAAAUUCUGGAGAGGGAACACAAAAGUUAUACUAGAAAUUAACGUAGUACUCUGCAGUCACUGCUCAUAGCAGCAACUAGCACUGUGGCUGUUGUGUUUCAGACCAAAAGUAGAAAUGGGAGAGAGCAACUGUGUUACUGUGGAAAUUCUAGCUAAGAAGUUACUAGUUUUCCUGUCCUUACAAUCUAAAUGGCCUUUAUAGUGUUUAAAAUAUCUCCUGGUGAGAUACAAACCUUAGGCUUUACCAGCUGUUGUGCUAUACCUGCAUACUGUGUUCUGCUGUAGCACCUCAGAUAUGUUCUUAGGAGUUUCUGACCUUUGUCAUCUGUGUACUUCAAUUUUUUUCAGCACUUCCCACUUUUCUCUUGUAAGGAUGUUCUCUUUUGACACGGGAAAUGUCAGAAUUGUGGAGGGCUGGGGCUCCACUUGUAGCAAUAGGUUAAUACCUGGAUGUCUUGCCUUAGUUAAUAAAUUCAAAGCCUUAUGCAAAUACUAAGCUGUCCUCUCUAUGCUCUAUUUCAUAGUGCAUUCCUAAAAAAGAUCAAUCUAAAGGAAGUGAGAAGCAUGCAUUUAGUUUAAGACUUGAAUGAACUCAGUUGUAAGCUAAUGAGAUAAUGUUGUUGCUAGCAGGAGUGCAGGUGAAUAGCAUUAGCUGUGGUGGUAGCUCUCAAACUUGAUGCAGAAGUCAACUGAAUAGCUGGAAGGAUAAGUUUGCACCUGUUUUCUAAGGAACCUAAAUGAGCAUUUUCUGUACACAUUAGUCUUUAUCUUACAACACUGCCUUCUUAACCACAGUGUUUAUGGUAACACUUCAUGUUUGUCUGCCAUCCAACUCUUUUUGGAAGUACUGCAACCCAACCUUCAGCCCUUGAACAUUCUGUAUGUGUUGGUUGAGUUUUCUGUAAACCUUCUUUCAAAUAGAGCUGAUUAUAGUUACUGAUGGUUACUUGAUUAUUACUUUUCUUUUAGCAAGAACAUGAAUUAUAGGUAUAAAAUCUGGUUGCAGUCCUCCUAAGUUCUUAAAGCUGAUAUCAAAUCAGUGCAUCUCAAACAACUGCUUCUGAGGCAGCUGGCUUUUCAGGCAGCAACUGGGACAGAUUUCCUGAAGAAUUUGCUUCUAAUUAAUGGUAAUACCACUUUUUUUUUUCCUAAUUAAAAAAAAAAAAAAAAGGCUUUGUACUGUCCCUCUGUCCCUCUGAGCAGAGGGUGAGUUUCCCAUCUUCAGAUCAGAUUAGGUGUAUCUGAAGGAUACUUGCUUGGAAUGGCAUAUCAUAAGAGGUGGUAACUGAUAAUGGGGGUAAGUCCUGUGUAAGGCACUAACAUAACACUGACUAUUGUACUGUCAGAUGAAUGACAGGCAAAGACAAUAUGAGCUGUUGAAAUACAUGUGGCAGAGCAUAGCUUGCUGCUAGUUUUUGCUGUGUUUGUGAGGAAACAUUGAUAAGCUUUGCACUGCAUUCCUCUGAAGUUGCUGCAAGUUUUGCCUGCUAUCCACUGCUAUGAGGAAAAUCAAAGGAAAAUGAAGCCAAGCCACCAGAGGAUAUGGCUAUUUAUUUGUUGUAAGCUAGCCAAUGAUAGCUGGGAAAAGGAGUACAUAAAAUAUGGAAACUUGCUCCAAGAAGCAACCAACAUAUCUGCUGCUGUGAACCCAAGAAAACAUGUCCUUGCCACUUGGCCAAACCUUACAAAGUUCUUGGACUGGAUUGAGGCUCUCUGUGAGGUAUUCAUGCUAGAAGAAAAAUAUUUUAGACCACUUUUAAAAACUCAGACCUAGCCUGCCUCACAAAUUAAGGGGGGUGCUGCAUGGUUGGCAGUGUUGGCACAAAGUGCACUAACAUGGGGAGAGCUUGGGUUUUGCACAGGAGCAACACAUCACUACAGAAGAGGUUCCUUUUUAUAGUGGAUCUAGGAACGACAACUGUGGUACAGCAUAUUGUCAUUUUAAGGGAGUCCUAGCAUAUUAGUAAUUGAGUCAAGUGCAAGGAAAAAAUAACAGCAGAUCCCUGAACUGUGGAAACAGUGAGGGAUGCGGGAAGAAGCUGCCAGUAAAAGAGAGGUGCGAGCCUAACAGUCUCAAUGUGGAAAGAGUUGUCAGAUUGUAUUCUGACUAUAUUUCACCAAUUAAUAGGUUUAUUUCUAAGGGGGGUAGAGAAUAUCUGACAGUGGGGUGCUGUUGUUAGUUACAGUGUGACCUGAAAAAGGAAAUGCUUCAGCAGCAACACCAUGAACUUAAAUUGACAGGCUAUCUGGAUCAGGAUGAUUCUGUAUCCCUUUCACCUAUCAGCCCAAAUACUGUAGAGCAUUUGCAGACAGUUCCUGUGAAAUGGUUGUACAUCUGCCCUAUUCCAGUUUUCCUGCUGGAUCUACAGUUCAAGUAAAUGUCAUAGGAUCUGGGCUAGGAGCAACUAGGAGGGGAGCUAUAUGGAAAACAGUGAUAGGGACUGAAAUCAUACUGCUAAACAUGAGUCAAAUUCCCAUUUGUGGGGAAUGCCUUGUUGGGACCCCAAGAGGCCUAGUGAGGGGAUUUCGCUCCCUCAGGGGAAAGCUGCUAAUCCAACAGAGCAGAGCAUGCUCAAGCACUAGCUAAGUAAAACCCAGCCUGGACUCUUCUGUGUUUCUAUAUUAAGAGGGUGGCUUUUGCCUACAGCCACUAUAUAAUUAGGAUGAUAAUAAAAUAGUAACCUCUUCGGUUUCUGCCUCUUGGCAGCUCCGGGGGAAAUGACUUAACUUGAACUGACCUAAUUCAAACUGUCAGCAUUGAGGACCUUGAUUCCUACCAAAAUUCACUUUUAAAUGAACCUAGAACAUCUAGACAGCUGCCAGACUUCACUGGCAAUAAUAAUUAGUGAGAUUUUCCAUUGCUGGAUACAGGCUUUCAUACAUGUGACUCCUACGAAAUGAAUCUACAAGGCAGCCUUUCAUGACUGUUUGAAUGCUUCUCUUCUCUAGCUGCCUAUUUGACAUUCAGUAGCUAUUCAGGCUGAAAAGUAACUAUUUUUUGCCUUGUUCUCCAUGUUGUCAUUUAAUUGCUAACUUACCACAUGCUGAGUGCUUGCACUUCUGCUUUGUCCCACCAAAGAAAAUGGCUCUUGCAAUGUCAACAUGAAGCAUCAACCUUAGCAUGGCAUGCCCUGCUCAUGACAAGAAUUUUAGGUUUGAGCUGUUGCUCUGAGGCUUGGUAUGAGAAAAGAACAGGGGUAGAGGAGAGAGAGGUUUUAUGGCUUUGCAGGGGUGAAACAUUAUGCAAACUGCACCAUCAGCUUAGGCAUACAGUGCUGCUCCUGGAGAGCUGGGGCAGUGCUCAGCAGCCUUUUCCAAAGCCACAGUCUCACCUCAGUGCUGCAACCAUUUGAGGAUGGUAAUUAGAAGAAUCCUUCUUAAUUGUUAUCCUUGAUGCUCAUCUGCUACUGUGCCUAAGUGCUUUGCUGUACAUUCUGGCAUGGUUCCCCUUGCAGCAAUGAUGCUGAGCAGGGCAGCUAACACCUCCAAAUUACAGGUUACAUCCCAUCCUCGUACACACAAUAGAGGAGAGAUGUUGUUCCUUGUCAGCGAGUCAUGAUUCAUGCUCCUUGGAGGCUGUUCAGUCAGGCAGAUGUUAAAAGUGGCUGUGGAUGUUCAAUAGAAUUUACUGUUUUCUGCUUUUAUGGCACUCAUUCUUUGCAAAUCUCUGUGACUUUACUCUGAGUAAUACUGGAGACAGAAAAAUCAUUGUUGCUUUUGGAUAGAGGCUGGUUCUUCAAGCCUGUGCAGCCAUGUUGCACUAUGGGACAGGUUGUUUCUCCUCAUGUUCCUCUGCCCCAGGGCUGCCUUUGUUGGAUUUAUGGCAUUAUAGUGUGGAGAAGAAAGAGGGAAGCAAAGCCCACGUUAGUCUCUGCUGUGUGCCUUUCCUUAGGACUGGCUUUAUUGGUAUAGUGACAUUGCAAAAAUUCUCCCAUCACAUGGAUGACCCGCUUUGUGUUUCAUCACACAGGAUGAAAAAGCCAGCUGACCUUCUGUAUCCAGUCAAACUCCUGCUUCAGAUGAUGUUAUGUCCACUUUAAAUACCAAGCUAUUUUUUAAGCAUCAUGUCUCCUAGGCGCAGCUGCUCUGCCUCUGGUAUCAGGAAACUACAGCCCCCAGGAACCUCUGCUCUUAUAGGGCUGCUGCUCUGUACUAUAUAGGACCACUGUGAUUUGUAGACCCUCAAACACUAACAUAGAAUCAUAGAAUAUCCCAAAUUGGAAGGGACUCACAAAGGCCAUCGAGUCCAACUCCCGGUUCUACAUAGAACCAUUCAAAAUUCAAACCCAGUGGCUGAGAGCAUUGUUCAACCGCUUCUUGAGCUCCAGUAACCUGGGCCUGUGACCACUUCCCUGGGGAGCCUUCUGGUGAAAAACUUCAUCCUUAUACCCAGUCCAACCUUCCCAUGACAUAGCUCCAUGCUGUUCCUUCAGAUUCUGUCACUGUCAAAAGAGAAAAGAAAUCAGCACCUAUCCCUCUGUUCCCCUUCUGAGAAAGCUGGACACUGCAAUGAGGGCUCCCUUCAGACUCCUCUAAAGAAAAUGAUUGUGCUUUUAUUUGUUUUCUUUUUUUUAUCAUUUUUUUAAAUUUUUGUUGGGGUCUAUGUAAACAUGCAGACUGUACUUGUGGGACAGAAGGGGAUUUUGCUCCUUCUCCAAUCUCUCUUGCACAGUCAAUGUCUUCAGCCUUCAUCCUGCACCAUAGCUGAAGGUUUUUGCAUGCUAUGCACAUCAAAAAUGCUCUUGAAAAGAAAGCAACAUGGCAAAUAUGGUGUAAGUAGAUGGAAGUGAGCAGACUAAGUCAAAUCCAACCCAUCUUCCAUUAGUAUAAUUCAUGCUUUAAUGAGUAAUAAAUGAGGUGAAUUAGUGAGGUCCAGUGCUUGCCUUUGGCAGGAUUGCUAGUCCUAUAUGUCAAGAUCCACUAGAAAGAAUAAGUUUCUCCUUUUUGCAAGGGCCAGUUUAGCUCCACCCUUGACUUAGUUUUGCAGGCUUUGCUGCCAUCAGUUCCCUUUCCUCAUUUUGUCAGGAAUCUCACAAGGCGCUUCCUGAGCUUUCCCAGAUGUGCAAAAGGGAGCAACUAUUGUCCUUUUCAUAACAGGGAUCCAUACACUUUGAGCAUUUUGUUACACUGUGAGCAAACCUGCCCUCUGUCUGGGCUUCUGCCGUGACCUUGCUUACUUAUAGGGAAAAAUUCUGUUAAAUGUUUGGAAAAUUUUUCUUCUGUAAUGUUUUGCUUUACAAGGCGCAUCAUAUGUAUUCAUAAAGUUUGUCUUGCAUCUAAUAGUAACUUUUCACAUUAUUCCUCCAUGCUUUUUGUGAACAGACCUUGUUGUCAGCUCCUUAUCACUGUCAGGGUUCAAAUGUCUGUGCAGGAACUUUCUGUCUGCUUCAAGUUGAAUGUUGUUAUAUGAACCUAAGUUUCAGCAAGUAGAGUUCAGAUGUUUUCAACAAUGAACUUAGAGAAACACAACUUGUUGCUUUGCCAAUGCUUAAAAAAUAUAUAUAUAUAUAUAUAUUUUUUUAAAGUCUAGCAACUAUUUAACUAAUGCAGUCAGGUGGUAUCCUGCUGGUGUGGGCUGUGUUGCUGACUUCCUACAGAAACUGCAAAACAGUGCAAUGUGUAAGAUGCAUUAAUGACAUGCCAGGUUACAACACUGAGAGCAGGUGUUCUCAUGCCCAUGACUUUGUUUCUGGUCCUGUGUUGCAGCCCACAGAACAAUCUGACUUUCAAAAAUGCAUGACUUUAUGGUUCACUAGCUUCCUGAACCUAGGGGAAGGGAGAUUCCAGUCCAAAAACAUUCACAGAUUUCAUACAGUGAUCUCUUUUACAAGGAACUAUUUAGAACACAGAAGUCUAUACAUUACCAGGGUGGUAAAGUGAGCACAAGUGUUAUGAUCAUUGCUUUGGAACAGCUUUUAUUAUCGCUGUUUUGUGUCAGCAGAAAAAUGAAGAACCUCAGAGUAGCCAGUGAAUUUUCCUCGUACCAGUACUCAAAUCUACGAUGGCAGUUCUUGCACCUCACAGCCCUUUCUGGCAUCAAAGCAAGGAAAGGGAUAAAAAACAGGGAUGGAAUAUAGGGUCAGAGCUUUAAACAAAACAGGGAGCAUAAAUGCAAAGCACAACUCUAGAAUAAAACCUAGACAGACCAGUAAGGUGUCAAGGCAGAGACAGGCAUGGAACAUGACAGGAACACGUAAUACCUGGGAAAAAAUUGGUAUGCAGAAGAUCUGAGGAAAAGAUACAGAGGCCUCUUCUGCCUUGAAAUGCUGGCACUACUGUUGUGGUUUGGUGAUUUUUUGUUAUCAGUUUUGCACAUCAGAACAUCAUGUGAACCAGUGGAAGUUCUGGUUCCGUUUACUGCCUCUUAUGUGCAUUUUGAGUAUUCUGAUGGGAAGGGAGGGGCAGCAUGCCUGGAGGACUUGGCGUGAAGAGGAAGUGAGGUGGAGCUCUGGACAGGACCCCGGGCGUCUCUCUCUCUCCUUCGUGGCUGGCUCAGCUCGCUUUGGAGAAGGGCACGUGCUUCCGUCGCACUUUGGGUACUCUUCUCUCUCUCAUUUUGUUUGAUUUUGUUGGAUUUAGUAAAUUACCGUUCCUCCUCA